CUUAUCAUUGGAAUACUGAACGCGCACGUAUGCAUAUGAAGCUCUGGAGUCAUCAAGAACUUCUCGCAGCUCGGCGAGACCCCCGGUCCCAGUCUGCUACCUUCGGUAAUCUGGGGAUCCGAGAGUUCAGCCAUUAGAGACGAAUGGAAUGGUAGGACGAGAGAGAAAGUUGCUGGCAAGUUCAAUUGCCGCUAGGAUGACAUAAGGAAGAAUCCUUUUCUCAGAGUCAGUGUCACUGUGGUGACUAUCAAACUUGUUCUUUCGCGUCAAUGUCUACCUGCUUGCUCGCCGCCUUCCCGAAAUUCACGCCAUGUAGCGAGAGGUUAUUAUAUCUUCCCCGGUUAUACAGCACAAACGCGUCUGCAGAAUUCAGACAGCGGCGCUCUUCUGGUCCAUCCACCCAAUCCAUCUUCGACGAUGAUUCACCAGUCGAUUUGUCAGAAGAUGAUAAUGCUGUAAACGGAUCCUGGAGCUCAUCUACUAUCCCAUACUACCGCCAGAAACCGCCAAAAGAGCCUACACCAGAUGCAUACAAAAUACAUCGAAAAGUCAUACGCGAGGAGUUUCCUGACGGAUGGAAUCCUCCUCGGAAAUUGUCUCGAGAAGCCAUGGAGGGUCUCCGGCAACUGUAUCACCUCGACAAAACCAAAUUUACUACCCCGGUGCUCGCUGAGAAAUUCAAGAUCAGUCCAGAGGCAGUACGGCGGAUUCUGAAGAGUAGAUGGGAACAGCCGAAGGAGAAACGGGCCAAAGAGGCGGAGAAGAACAGGCAACACAUGCUCCUCAAUCGACUGAGAGAUAAGUUGCGGGAGAGGAAAGAAGUGGAGGAGAUUCUACAAGCCAAACGCGGCCGGACCUGGGGAGUAGACAACAAGGACAAGCUAACGUUCGAAUAAAACCCCGUUGGCCUUGUCAACGUAUUUUUGCAGCUGUGUUUCUUACGUUCACACACUCCCCAUGACAAGUCGACUGCUAGAUGC